AACUUCCUUUUUUCAAUGGACGUUUCACUUCUUUUAAGUAAAUUCUUAGGUUAUAUUAUUGUUAGUUUUUCAAUGUUUAUGAAAGUCCCUCAAAUUCUAUCUAUUUAUAAUGCUAAAACAGGUUAUGGUGUUUCUCUUCAAUCUUUUACUAUUGAAAUAUUUCUCUAUUCAAUUUCUUUUAAUUAUCAUUAUCAAAACAAUUUUCCUUUAAGUACUUAUUUUGAUUAUUUCUUUUUACUUGUUCAAGACAUUAUUAUUAUUCUUUUAAUUCUUUAUUAUGCAAACAAAUUUACUCCUAUAUUUUAUACUUUUGCUUGUACUUUUUUGUCUUUCUUCUUUAUUCUAUUUUUUGGUUUAUUCCCAUUAUCUCUAUUAGAAAUUUUACAAGCUUUAACAAUCCCCUUUUUCAUUAUUGCUAAAAUCCCUCAAAUCUACUCUAAUUUUGUUGAAAAAUCUACUGGAUCUUUAUCCCUCCUCACUACUCUUGGACUUACUGCUGGUAAUAUUAUUAGAAUUUUCACUACUUUAAAAGAAAUGGAUGGUGAUUUUACUAUGCUUUUCUCUUAUACUCUUGGUGCUUUAGUUAAUAUUAUCAUUGUUACUCAAAUCCUCAUUUAUGGAAACAAACCCCCCACUACUAAGAAGAAUAAUUAA